GAAAUGGUGGAUGGAGGGGGGUGAAGGAGGAUGACUAGACUGCAGUGUGAUGUUAAAAGUGAAAGUGAAAGUGGUGCUGAUGCUGAUGCUGAGGGUCUGUCGUGGUCCUGUCCUCAUCUCUCGUCUGGUCCCUAUUUAAACCUCCUGUUAGUCCCUGUGAAUCCAGGUUAGAGUAGAUCCUGGUCCUGGUAGAUCCUGGUCCUGGUGCAUCCUGGUCUGAGUAGAUCCUGAUCCUGGUAGAUUCUUAUCCUGGUGUAUCCUGAUCCCAAUAGACCCUGGUAGACCCUGGUAGAUUCUGGUUCUGCUCCAUAAGAUGAAGUCUUUCCUGUCCAGUCAGAGGCGUCUAAGUCACUCAGGAGGUGCAGAGGCCGAAGAGGACAGAGCACAGACAAGGAAGAUGAAGCUGCCAAAGUUGAAGUUCCCUGGAAAGAAAAAGAACCAACAGAACAUCUCUCCAGAUGGGGGAUUGAUCGUUGAGGAGGUGCAGGAAGAUCAGGAGCAGUUGGAGAGCAUCAGCAGGAGGCUGAUCAUGAGGGAGGAGCAGCUGUUUGGUCAAGACUCCCAUAGUGAGGAGGAUGAGGACCAGCUCCACAAGGACCUGGAGGCCCUGUGGCUGCAGAUCCAAAUGGCCGUACACAACACCUUCACCUCCUCCACAGGGGAUCUGGAGGUCCUGAGGAGCGCCGUGGCCUCCAUCCAGCAGCAGGAGAAGCAGGACCAACGGUGGGCCGGCUGCCCAGAGGACCAGGUACCUGUUUGGCGUCCUCAGAAGUGUCUCCGUAAUCACAACAUACUGCUACAGAAGGUGGUCCAGUCCAGACUGAAGAAGGCUGUGGAGGAGCUUGCAGAUGAAACCAAUGGUCUGUCCUCAGCUCUGAAGAAGGAGGUGUGUAGGAUGGGAAGCGCCCUGAGAGACCUACUGACCGUGGAGAGGACAGUGAAGGACUGCUACCCCCCAGAGAUGGACAUCCUGAAUGUUUACGCCGGUCUAUACCAGCACAGCUUCUCCACUAGGCUGAAGGACCUCGCUGGCUCUGGGGUGGACGUUAAGGACUGCAGCUACUUGCUGUUCUGGACCAACCACUACUACCCAAAUGAGGUGCUCAAACAUAAGGAUCUGGAUGGAAAGAUAAAGACCUCCUGUCUGGGUCCUCUAUUGCCCCAGGACGACCUGAACCGCCUAGAGGACCAGUGUCUGACCCACAGUGAGACCAGAGUGGAGAUGUGGCUUCAAACAGCGCUGAAGAAAGAAGAAGAGAUGUGGCUGAGUGGCGGAGAACCUGAGUUCAUCGACACCUAUUGCUUCAGUCCAUUGGCGCUGGACGUCAUCCAGAUGAUCAACAGUGUCCUCACUGACCUCAGUUGUGUCGUCUCAGACCAGGCCGAAACUGGACGCAUCACUACUCACCUAGAGAGCUUCCUCAGCAGCUAUAGGAAAGCGGUGGAGGACUUUGUGAAGGGUGACCAUGGUAAUGUCAGCUCUGUGAUCAAAGCCCAGCUGGUGUGUGAGGAGCAGCUCAGGGAUUACAUCACCAACCAAAUAGGAAGUCUGUCAGAGCAGCAGAGACAGCGCUGUCUGGACACCCUGUCUGCGCUGAGGGAUUGUGGGUACAGUUGUUUGACGUGUCCCUUUCACAGUCAAAAGAAGCAGUAUUGCUCUCAGCUGUGGACCCCUGCCUGGUUGGACGGUUCACUUCCUGUCAUUGACUGUCUGCUGGAUUCAGUGAACCUGAGAGAUUUGAAGAAUCUGAAGCUCACCUGUAGACAGUGGGUCCUUUCUGUCCUCUAUCAGGACCUGGUUCAUUACUACAUGAAGAAGAUCUUGAGGAGCAGGAGGAAGAGCAGAGAGCAGCAGGUGGAAGGGGCUCAGAGGAUCAGGGAUGACGCCCGUAAAAUGGAUGAGUUCUUUACAGACCAGGGCUGUACGGACUCAUCGUGGCUUACUCAGGUUCUUAACAGCGUUGCAGAGAUUCUCCAUCUGCAGGAUCCUGGAAGUGUCCACCUGGAGAUGAUUAGUUUGUCCAGGAGCUUCCCUGAUCUCAGUGAGGCUCACAUGUCGGCCCUCCUCCUCCUGAAAACUGGCCUAUCAGCAGCUGAUGUUCGCUCCAUUAAGGCAAGUGUGCAGGAGAACCGCCCCCUAGACUUCUCCACCAAUCAGAGCCCUGCGUUCUUCUCCAAGGUGAAGGUGAAGUCAAUGAAGUCAAUGAGUAAUAAGAUUGUUCAGAUCCUGAAGAGCUGAGGAGCUGCAACGUGUUGGCAGGAAAACACAGACACCCUGCACGGUGAUUAGUCGACAAGUAUUAGAAACAGUCACUAAUGGCCUGCAUGCGUUUGAGUUUAAAAUGAGCAGUCGUAUAAGUUGUAUGUUCAUGCAAAUGGUAAUGUGACGCUGCCUAUGGGUUCAUCUGAUCAGCACAAUGAAACUAUCGGCCGAUCAGACUAUAAUCAAUACAUUGUCCUGAUGAAAAUAUGUCUCUGUCACAUGAUCAGGGUCAAUAAAACGUGCAUCAGUAUGUUUUGAUCUUUUUUUUUUUUUUACACAGGAUUCAUGAUACAACAGUGUUGAUAAAUAAAACAUUACAACCAGAGGGGACGAUUUUCUGAUAACAAAACAAAACAGUAAAGUCACACAUUCUGCAAAUUAUGAAGUCAUAAAUGUACAAGACACCAACACUGCUCUGGAAGAUUCAAGUCAUUAAUAUACAAGAUGAAAUCUGGAAUAUUCUGUGAGAUUCUGAAAUCAAAUCUGUAAGAAAAAACUUAAAGCCACAAAUUAAUUCAUGCAAAAUAUCUUGUUUAUUCUCUGA